GGCUGAUUUGCGUUUUCCUAACAAUUAUUAACACCACCAUCUAUGCCACGAAGCGUGGUGUUUCUUCGGCCGAUGCGGCUCCAAGCUAAAACGAGACAAUGAUAGCUAGAAGGUUCAUUCACCUGCCUGGUUAGUUUAACAAUAACUCCACACUUCAGACUGUGCCUUCGUAUACGACACCGAGAGCUGGAAAUCUGAAGAUGCUCAACGAAGCGCCGAAUCCGCCGGACGAGCAUACAUAAAGAACCAGAUAUCGCCCAACAAACCAAAUCUUCACCACUCCACAGCCAGAACUUCCCACACUUGACUUCAAAAUCUCAUCACGAUGCUAUUCCAACAGUACCUUGGCCUUGCUCUCCUGUCCGUCGUCGGGACAGUUACUGCCUCGCCCAUCGAACUCAGCAGCUCCACCAGCGCAAACCCAUCCCAUGGCAUCUUCAAGCGCGUGGCCUCCAACAUCGCCUGCAACAACAAUCAUGGCGCCCUGGGAUCCGAUUGCGUCAAAUUGAUAUCCCAACACAACAACGAUCAGACGAUUCAGAGACCGGACAAGAACGGUCGCGUGGGCAUUUACUACGGUAGUUGCCUCGCCACCGUCAACUACUACUCGAACACUGCUUUGUACAACCAACACGGUGGCCCGGUUUACACCAAUGAUGCUCUCGCCGAAAUGGCGUACGAGGUUUAUGCAAAGUGUUUCCAGGGGAACACGCAGAUCUAUAAGAGCGGCGUGGGUUAUACGGAUAAGACCAAUAGUGGAGAUGGAAAGGCGUUCAAGUUUUGCCUUUGCAACAACAAUAGCGGUGGUAGCUGUUAAGCGGCUCGAAGUGGUAGAAGAGGAGCGAAACAGGACAAGAAGGACGCGGAGAAGCAUUGGUAGAGGCAAGAUGUGUGGGAUGAGAUGGAUAGGAAUGGAAAUUGUGUAGGAGACGCGGAAGACAUGGAGAGAGAGGUGGAGGAGAGAGGAAGGAGAAGGGGGUGGAUUAUUUAUCUAUUGUUAUCGCUCGCUCAUUUAUAUAUUCACUGGUUAUCCUGAAAACAAAGUAGAAGCUGUUUAGCCUGGCCAACAUACCAACAGUCGCUCAUUUAGAUCUAUCCAG